AUGGUUACUAGUGACAACUCUUCCAAUUCAAGCCUCAUUUCCUCAAAAUCUUUCUCUUCCUUUGACAUGUCAUUGCCAAAUUUGGAGGCCUUUCAUGGGAUGUCAGUUUACAACGAGGAGGUCCGGUUAGCGGCUAGUACUCCGAAGAAGCCUGCAGGAAGGAAGAAAUUCAAGGAGACUCGCCACCCGGUAUAUAGGGGUGUGAGAAAGAGGAACCUAGAUAAAUGGGUGUGCGAAAUGAGGGAGCCGUGCAAGAAGACUAGGAUUUGGCUAGGGACUUUUCCCACGGCCGAGAUGGCUGCUCGAGCACAUGAUGUUGCCGCAAUGGCAUUAAGGGGCCGAUAUGCCUGUCUCAAUUUCGCCGAUUCACUGUGGAGGCUCCCGAUUCCUGCAACCUCUGAUACAAAAGAUAUACAAAAGGCGGCUACUGAAGCAGCCGAGGCUUUUAGACCAGACAAGAUUUUAAUGACUAACGACGUCGAAACAGUUGUAGCUGUGGUGGCUACAAAAGAGCUGAGUACGUUUUGUGUGGAAGUAGAAAAAGAGGAAGACGCGUUGAAUAUACCAGAUAUGUGGAGGAAUAUGGCUCUAAUGUCCCCAACACAUAGUUUUGGGUAUGAUGAUGAGUAUCAACAUAUUGAUGUACAAGACUUUCAAGAUGAUGAAGAGGAUUUCAAAAUAAGGUUUGUAACCAUUAUUUGGGUUGGGACUGGAAUUCGAAUGCAUUAA